GUCUCGCGCCUCCUCUCGCGUUCUCAGUUCUCCGACCGAACACACGACGGCGACUCGCCAAAACCACGCGAGACUCGAGUCGAAACGACGAGGGUAUUGCGUCCGCGGCACCGCGACGUCGUUAUCGGCCACUCGAAUCCACGAAGGAACGCCUCGAGACAACACCUCGUGCUCAUCGCGACACGACGAUACGAAGGGGGUGAGGGAGGUUACAAGCACGCGGCGGAGCAACAGUGUUCGGCGACCUUCCUCUGGAGUGCGUCGGUCGGAGACAGUGCAGGGGAUGAGUUGAGUGUCACCACCGAUCGAGGAUACCGAGAGAGUCGAGGAGGCAGCGAGGGGUUAGCGAGAGGGCAUCGUAUUUCUACGAUUCGGUCUGUCGAGCCGCGGGAAGGCGUGGUGAGUCGUUUACGUGCACUCGUCCCCGACUGCAUGGAGACAGCGCGACCGUGCGACGAGACCACGUGAAGCAUAGGAUUGAUAGUGAGACGUGUUAGUGAAUCGCAUGAUAACGCGACGCUAACCUCGAGAACGGACAAGGAGAAAGGUGUAAGGAGAAAAAUUUGUCGCGUGGAUUAUUAUGCGUUGCCUGAAAACCUUGGCCGAGCUCUCGACCGUGUUCACCGCAGUGACGAUCUGAUCGUCAUGCUCGGUCGUCGGUGACUCGCCGGAAAGUGGAUCGUGAGCAGAGGAUUUCCCGGGGCUCGACGUGGCUGCAUGAGCCGAGGGAUAUCCCGAGAGAAAUCGCGACAACGGCGGUGGUCGGGCAUGGUCGCGGAGGAUGAGGAAGAAGUACAAAAAUAGCUGUCCCCGUGGUUGACCGGAGAUGCACAGCUGACCAUCCACGACGGAGAGGAAGAGAAGAGAGAGAGAGAGAGAGAGAGAAAGAGAGCGCGCGCGAGAGAAAGGAAGAGAAAGAGUGAGACAGGAAAAGAGGGAGCGAGUGCCGGACGUUCGAUUAGCGCUGGCGAGCGCCGCGACUCACGUCGGGAUCGAUCCGAUCGCGACAUUCCGCGUCAACUCGACUGCAAACACACCACGUGCCUUUAUCGUCACCGUUAUUGUUACCGUAACCCGUUGGACGCCCCUAAUUAUCCCGGGGAUCGCGACGCCCUCCCCCUUUCCGCAGUCGGCCGUCGACUCGUCGUGCGAGAUCGAGCUGUCCUCGGCGAAGGUCCCCCUCGUCAUUCGAGUGCACUCGGGCGAUCGAACGACAACGUCGUGGAGAUGUCCGAGCCAUGCGUUCCACCGAGAUCACCGCAUCCCGCGACCUCGGCCGCCGUGAAGCCUGACCUCGAUCCCACGAGGUCGUGCAAAAUUCGCGAAUAUCGCGCAGGAGUGCCUGUAGUCAGAAACGUGAACUCCCCGAGGAUCGAAGCCCCGAGGCUGUUGACCCGCAUCGCGACGCCACCGCAUUGGUGUUUGUCGACUGUAUUAGGACGCUUGAUCGCAUAUUAAACGCGCGAAAUAGAUCUCGGCGCGUGUCGGUUUUACGUUUAAAACGCCGUCAAACGGUCAAACGGCAAGGCGAAGCGAUAUGAGACGUUGCCGACGAGAGAUGACAAAUCGCAUCGGGGACGGACGCUGCCGGCGAGCGACGAGCGAAGCGUCGUCGUAGCUUCUUACAUCGGCGACGACAACGACGACAGCGCGGAAGAGCCGCGCGCGCGAGACUGCCCGCGAUCGUCAGCCGCGUCCUGGAAGCCGUAUCAACGCCGCGGCCGCUUCCGUAUCCUCGCUAUAAAUAGGCGUUCCUUCGCUCCAUCUGACCAGACACACGCACAGUCGGAAGUGACACACGGUGCGUACACGUGCGACACGUAUGCCGGCCGCUCGACCGAAGGUGGGACCGACCUUUCCCCGCGUCCUUGUCGUCUCGACGGCAGGAGGAAUCGUCGUGACGUCUCGCGCGCCGACGAUCUCCAACGUCACAUCUAGAUAGGCGAGAACUCCGGGUCCAAACGAACGACGCCGUCGACGUCGGCGAGUAGAAGACACAUCGAAGUUCGCACUCGCGUGCGAAACGCGCGGAAACGCGGCCGCACUCCUCUCCCGACAUAGCCGCUCGGGAUAUAUAUCGAUACAACACAAGCAAGACCGACGAACAACGACCGCAUCCGCAGGUGUUCCUGUAGCGAAACCAAGAUAGACACGGAGUAGAAGAGCACGACGACCUCUCCUCCUCGUUUAGCCUUACUACGUAUCGCUCCCCCCCCCCCUUUCGUAAAGCCUUUGUUAAGAGGCGGACGAAAGAAGGAAGUGAACUUCUUUCCGAGAGGGAAGUAAAAACGGACGCAUCGCCGCGUGUCGUCCGGUGUCGCAGCAACGAAUCUAUCUCUUUCCUUUUCCCUCGCGCGAAUUCAAUCGCAUUACGUUACUUCUGUCUUAUACUGGCUGAUCACUAUGCUCAACUCGUGCUGUGCUUUUUUCUACCGUGCUCGUGCAUUGUACGCCGCGAGUGUUUUCCUAGUGCUUUAGUGUUACCGCGCGAUAAUAUUAAUUGAGAGAGAUCGGGCCCGGUGUUGCCCCAUCGCACGGUCGAACGCGGAAGUCUUGGCUGCCCAGGUAUCUGGGAACCCUGUUCCUGAGAUGCCUGUUAGACGGGGUCACGUGGCGCCUAGAACUACGAUCAUCGAAACCAUCAUCAGGAAGUUUGAUACGCACGAUCGAAGCUUUUUAGUAGCGAAUGCGCAACAGGGACUAUGCCACAUUAUCUACUGCUCGGACGGUUUCUGCCGGCUGACGGGCUUUUCAAGGGCCGAGGUGAUGCAGCGACCAGCGGUCUGCGACUUCCUCCAUGGACCAAUGACAUCGCCGCAUGCGGUCGCGGCCCUGCGAGACGCCCUUGCCGCUGGCGUCGAAAAACACUUCGAGAUCCUUUACUACAGGAAGGACGGAACCAAGUUCCUCUGCAGCGAGGUGAUAGCGCUAAUAAGGAGCGAGGUGGACGACAUUUGCCUGCAAAUCAUAAACUUCGAGGAUCUGAGCUCGCAGCCACCGCCGCAGCCCGCGAUUCCGCCGCCGAGUCAGACCAACAACAGGCUCGCGACACGCUUCGACAGGGCAAGGGCGUCCUUCCGGGCUGGCUUGUCGAGGACCGGCGUCGUUGGUCCAUCGAGGGUCCGGAAUCGACCGCGCACGGUGUCUAAUUUGCCUCACCGACUUGCUGACGGGACCAUCCUCGACGAGGACGCCUCUGAGAACUGCCCGUUAACAUGUGGCUCGCCCACAAUGAUGGAAUCUUGGGGCCCUGGGAGGACUGGCACACCCCCGCCGGGUCUACCGCCACCGCCGUCGGGCAGCAGCAACAAUGGUGCCGCAACAACGUCGACGAUUAUCCCGAGCGUCGUACCACAACCCGGCACCACCGCUCCCAUCGCAAGUCCCGAGGGAGUAAGCGACGUCUCGCAAAAAUCGGGACUCUGGGAAGGUGCGAACUCGUCUUCGGGGGGUGCUGCGGAGGGUCCUUCGCGGAGCGUUUCUCAUGCGGCGAGUUUGGACGCUAUCUCGAGGCGAGCCGUGAAACCGGAAACGACGAGGGCGCCCUGUCGCAGCCUCACCUGCAGCGUCUUAGCGGGCCGAGGGAGCGAACACGUCACCCUCGAGCGACGACCAGCGACAGUCGAUAAUCUGGCCGAAGCAACGAAACAUUCGAAAAUCUUUCCUGGCGUCGCUUCUGAAAGCGAUUUGCAGAAAUGGCGAACAUCCAGGGAUCGGAAAUCACCGUCUCUAAGUCAGAUGGGGCCGGAUUCCAUCAAACACAAAUUUUCUCUACAAGACAAUGGAUCUGCAAAGUAUUUUCAAGGAGCGAUGCACACACCAAACAUGGGAGAAAAAGUUGCUCAGGUACUGUCCCUCGGAGCAGACGUCCUCCCGGAGUACAAAUUACAGUCCCCCAGAAUCCAUAAGUGGACCAUACUACACUAUUCGCCGUUCAAGGCGGUCUGGGAUUGGAUUAUAUUGUUGCUCGUGAUGUACACCGCCAUAUUUACGCCGUACGUUGCCGCCUUUGUUCUGUCGGAUUCAGAAUACAACAGCAGGAAGAACAAAAAGUACAGUGACGAUCCUAUCGUCAUCAUAGACCUCAUAGUCGACGUCACCUUCAUCGUGGACAUCAUCAUAAAUUUUCGCACGACUUUCGUCAACAGCAACGAUGAGGUGGUCUCCCAUCCUGGAAAGAUAGCCGUCCAUUAUCUGAGGGGUUGGUUCAUCAUCGACCUGGUAGCUGCCAUUCCCUUCGACCUCCUACUCGUCGGAUCGGACACUGACGAGCUCGGCUUGGACAAGGACGAGACGACGACUUUGAUCGGACUCCUGAAGACGGCCCGUCUGCUCCGCCUUGUCAGAGUGGCCAGGAAGAUCGACAGAUACAGCGAAUAUGGUGCUGCCGUUUUGUUACUCUUAAUGGCCACUUUUGCCCUUAUUGCUCACUGGAUGGCGUGUAUAUGGUACGCCAUAGGAAACGCCGAGAGACCGACCCUGAAGAGCAAGGUUGGUUGGCUCGACAUUCUAGCCAACGACACGCAUCAGUUUUACUUUCACAAUAACACCGGCGGGCCGAGCAUAAAAAGUCGCUACAUCACGGCGCUUUACUUCACCUUCAGCAGCCUCACGUCCGUAGGCUUCGGAAACGUAGCGCCCAACACCGACGCCGAGAAGAUCUUUACGAUAAUCGUCAUGUUGAUCGGAUCUCUGAUGUACGCCAGUAUCUUCGGUAAUGUAUCGGCAAUCAUUCAGAGGCUAUACAGCGGCACCGCCCGGUAUCACACACAGAUGCUCAGGGUCAGGGAAUUCAUAAGAUUCCAUCAGAUACCGAAUCCGCUCCGCCAACGGUUGGAGGAGUACUUUCAACACGCGUGGACCUACACGAACGGGAUUGAUAUGAACAGUGUUCUGAAAGGGUUCCCCGAGUGCCUUCAGGCCGACAUCUGUCUUCAUCUCAAUAGGAAUCUUUUAAACAAUUGCCGAGCCUUCGAGGGGGCUAGUCCAGGCUGUUUAAGGGCAUUAUCCUUAAAGUUUAAGACGACGCACGCGCCUCCGGGUGACACUUUAGUUCAUCGAGGAGACGUGCUGACCUCCUUGUAUUUUAUAUCCCGCGGGAGUAUCGAGAUCCUGAAGGAUGAUAUCGUGAUGGCCAUUUUGGGCAAGGACGACAUAUUUGGCGAGAAUCCGUGCAUUUAUCCGACAGUCGGAAAAUCGUCCUGUAACGUUCGCGCCCUUACAUAUUGCGACCUUCACAAGAUCCAUCGGGAUGACCUGCUCGACGUCUUGGCGCUUUAUCCGGAAUUUGCUAAUCACUUCAGCCAGAAUCUCGAGAUUACUUUUAACAUGCGAGACGAGGAGCAGGCUGGUGUCGAUCCAAUAUCAGCAAGGUUUCCUGUCAGCACUCCGACCGACGUCGACAUCGACGCUAGGAGGUUCGCUUUCCGUCCACCAAGAUACCGUCGAGGACCAGGUGGUGGUCCUGGCACAAAUCUUAUUCCCACAGGUCGACAAGACUCCUUGCAGGACGACCAGGAUGACUAUGACAAAGGCAGCGGUCACGGUAUUUUAGAAUUCAGCACGGACAAGGCCGGUCAAGAUGUGACGCCAUUGAAUCUGGAAUUCGACGAGCCUAAACAGAGAAGCUCGACCUUAAACUCCAUAACUGGCAUGCUAACCCAUCUCAAGCGCAGCAUACCGGAUCUACGUCAGCACAAGAUUCAUCUGCAGCCGCUUACCAGUCAUGAUUAUCUCGCGAAGCAAAUGACCACGCCGCUGACGAAACCAGCGCGCCGGAGUUCCGCCGCCGGCGAGAGUUGCCUCAGUCAAAACGUCGUUCAUCCCACUUCGGCAACGUCGAGCCACUACACCACACCAUCGCCCCCGCAGCAUCCUCAUUCCCAUGGUGACUUUCAGAGCGGCCCCGGUCGGCCGGUGGAGGAGCUCAACGCCAGGAUCGACCAGUUGUCGCGGCAGGUGUCCUCGUUGGAGCAUUCGAUGGCCGGCGACAUCAGGCUGAUCCUGAGCCUGCUCCAGCAGACGCUCAACUCGUCCAGGGAGAGCUCCAGCAUCGAGAUGAUGCCGGGGACCGCGCCGGCCGGCACCAGGCAGAGCAGCCGCGCGCCCGCCUUAGUCCAGAGAUCGGCGAGCGAGCCGCAGCCGCCGACGGUCCCGACGGGCAACGGAAACGGGAAGAUCCAACCCAGCACGUCGCACGGCUUGUUCAGCCUUCUUUCGAAAUCCCUGGAUCAGUUGCAUUUGAUUUCGGCGUCUUUUAUUUUGGAAAAGUUGGACAAGUUCCGAAGACCCCCGGUGAGGGAGCCGACCUCCACGUCGUCGGGGACGUCGAGGCUGACCGUCACGUCGGACACGUCCGCGCUCGCCACGGCGUUGCAGACGGCGCUGAACGGUCGAACUGGACCCACGAGAUCGCAGAGCCAGCCGGUCGACCUGGCGGUGCCGACCAGCACGCAGCAGCAGGUCCAUCAGGCUCACGCCUGGCACAGUCAGCCCGCCGCCUUCAGGAGGGGCGAAUAUCGUAGUGGCGUGCCUUACGGCAGAUACAGCUCGUUCAAUAAACGCUCGGAGCCGGAGGGCGAGGAUCCCUGGAGCAGCGUGGUGCCGGAGGAUCGGGGCGGCGGCCAGCGUCCGCGCAGCGGAGAUUCGCGCAAGGAAUCGUCGUCGAAUCAUCGCGGCGGCAACGGCACAGAGUCCAUGUCAGGGGUUCAACAGGGGCGAUCGGAGGGCAGACAACACGAGGGUGGUAGCAGAGGGCAGCAGGCGAGCGGGACUCGACAGCAGGAGUCCUCGAGGCAGACUAGCGAAGACAUAUCGUGGGAGUUCACGAUAAACGAGGCGCCGAUCGCCAGGCUCGAGUCGCUGGACGAGCUUGAUCAGGACCAUGGUAGUUAAGGGAAAGCGCCGUACGCGGAGGAAAUCGUUCUGUCAGUUAGAAAACCGUAAUCGUCGCCGUGUGAGGAUCGACUCGUCCCGAUCGACGAGACGCGGAAAGCCGCGAUGUCGCGAGAACGUCGGGAGAGUGCGACCGAAGCCGUUCGAAACCUUCCAUAGGAAAUCUCGCUCCGACCGAUAUCAUAACCAUGCUUGCCUUGAAGUCAAAUUUUCUAGCCGAAUUACAGGGAAUGUAACAUGAUACCCACAGAUCAAUUUAGAAGCGCGUGUCAUUGAAGGAAGCAUCAAAAGUUUAGUGUAAUAUUGCUGAGAAUUUAUUUGUAUUGUGAUUGAAGAGAUCAAUAGGUUAACGACAAGAUGAAGAGUGAAACAUGGUUGAAGUUACUUGUACAAGUCGAAAUAAUAUUUUAAAUUUUUCACCCAGAUCACAAAAAGAAUAUUUUGACAUAUUAAUUUCUA